AUGUUUCGUGAAGAAGGAAACCGACUGGUGUAUGAGUAUGACUCCGAACAGCUCUGGAUUGAGCCGUGGGGGGAGAACGCGUUCCGGACCCGAGCCACGAAAUGCGCCACCAUGCCGAUGGAGAAUUGGGCUCUGAGCGACAAGCUGGCUGAUUCAACUUCUCCAGAGAUCUCUAUCUCUUCCGUCUCUGCAAGUAUCAGCAAUGGCAAAAUACGGGCUGUUAUUUCGAAAUUUGGGAAGCUCACUAUCACCAACUCUAAUGGCAAAGUACUGCUUGAGGAGUAUACACGAACUCGUCGGGAUAUUCUUGAUGCGAAAUGCAGCGCUAUUGAGGUCGAAGCUCGGGAAUUCAAACCUAUUCUUGGUGGAGAUUACCAUUUCACCCUACGACUGGAGAGCAUCGACCCAAAUGAAAAGCUCUUUGGUAUGGGCCAGUAUCAAAUGCCAUACCUCGAUCUAAAGGGCCAUGAUCUAGAACUAGCUCAUCGCAACUCCCAGGCCAGUGUGCCCUUUACACUGUCGUCUCUGGGGUACGGCUUCCUCUGGAACAAUCCCGCAAUCGGACGUGCUGUCCUAGGGAAGAACAUCAUGAGCUUCGAGGCCUAUUCUACCAAAGCAAUGGACUUUUGGAUCGUGGCAGGAGAUUCGCCCGCUGAAAUUGAAGAGGCUUAUGCCAAUGCAACAGGCAAAGUCCCUAUGAUGCCAGAAUUUGGCCUAGGAUUUUGGCAGUGUAAGCUACGGUACCAAACGCAGGAAGAGCUCCUUGGUGUGGCGAGGGAAUAUAAACGCCGCAAUUUACCGAUUGAUCUUAUUGUGAUUGACUUUUUCCACUGGCCUAAACAAGGAGAGUGGAAAUUUGACCCUAUAUACUGGCCUAAUCCAGCCGCAAUGGUUCAGGAGUUGAAGGAAAUGAAUGUUGAAUUGAUGGUUUCUAUCUGGCCGACCGUCGAUAAAAAAUCAGAGAACUAUGAAGAAAUGCGUGAAAAGGGUCUUCUGAUUCGUGUGGAUCGCGGUAUUCGGACUGGUCUAGAUUUUGAAGGCGAGACUGUUCAUUUUGAUGCCACAAACCCCAAGGCGAGAGAGUAUGUCUGGGGUAAAGCACGGCAAAACUACUACAAAAACUACGGCAUCAAGGUUUUCUGGCUUGACGAAGCUGAACCCGAAUACACAGCUUACGAUUUCGAUAUUUACCGGUAUCACCUCGGGUCAAAUCUUGCUAUUGGGAACAUCUAUCCGAGUGACUAUUCACGAGCCUUCUAUGAAGGUCUGACCCGCGAAGGAGAAAAGAAUGUCGUCAACUUGGUGCGAUGUGCUUGGGCCGGCAGUCAGAAGUACGGCGCACUGGUCUGGAGUGGCGACAUCGCCUCGUCCUGGAGUAGCUUUCGGAACCAGCUUGCUGCAGGCCUGAAUAUGGGCAUUGCUGGUUUCCCCUGGUGGACCACUGACAUUGGUGGCUUCCAUGGAGGAGAUCCUAACAGCACUCACUUCCGCGAACUGUUUGUGCGCUGGUUCCAAUGGGGCACCUUCUGCCCGGUUAUGCGCCUGCACGGUGACCGUGAGCCUCGACAGCCUCAACAAGGCACGACCGGGGGUGCAUCCUGUUGCAGCGGUGCCGAUAAUGAGGUUUGGUCUUAUGGGCCAAAGGUCUACGAGAUCUGCAAGAAGUAUAUGCUCAUUCGCGAGGAGCUGCGACCAUAUACAAGGCGACUGAUGCAGGAGGCUGCCGACAAGGGGACACCGGUGAUGCGGACUCUUUUCUACGAGUUCCCUGAUGAUGAAAAGUGCUGGGAAUUGACUGAACAAUAUAUGUAUGGCAACCGGUACUUGUGCUGUCCUGUGCUGACGGCCGGGGUGACCAGGAUGACGGUCUAUCUGCCAACCCUGAUUGCUGGUGAGAAGUGGAAGGCGUUCGCUGGGGAGGAAACUUGGGAAGGAAACCAGAAGAUUGAGAUCGACUGCGCCAUCGACACUAUGCCGGUGUUUGUCCGAGUCGACAGUAAAUAG